AUGAGAUACGAACAAACACUUUACCCAGUCGAUAGAUAUUUGCCCCGCGCACUUGGCAGCCUGGCUGCUGCAGCCAGAAUGCGGCAGCCAGCCGAACAUACGAAGGCGUAUAGUAGCCCACGCACUAGGCAGCCACGGUUGCCUGGCUGCGGCAGCCAUCAGAACGCGCCUGAUUGCACGGCAGCCCAUUGGCUGCCCGCAGCCAGAACAAAAGUAGGCGAAUGUGUGUGGCUGUCGUCAGUCUCCGCGUACUUCACUGUAGCAGCUAGACGUAUUAACAUGAUAUGGGAA